AUGCUCGACUUUGAGGAUGACGCGUCUAAGCGCGAAAAAUGCUACACCACCAUAGGCCAACUGCCUGCUUUCAUCGAUCCCAAGCAGCCACCCACGAAACGGUCCCCCUUCUCGGCCAUCCUUGGCCAUCCAUUUGUUCACACAGUUGAAGUCAUUCUGCCCAAGGACAUCCUGUCAUAUGUGCAACCCCAACUGCAGAAUUUGCGAUAUGCUAGAGUGUUCAUGUCGCUAUCUUCUUUGCUAGAGGGUGAAUUUUUCAAUACCUAUAUCAAGACCGGGAAUAUCCUCAUGAUAUCAGAGGGACGCUCAGGCUCAGACAGUGUCUUCACACUCAAAGAUGGCAUCUUGAAAUUGGAGUUGAGCAAAGAAAUCUUCGAAAGAACAGGGCUUACAGGUAAGCCUGUUCGCAGCGGAGGAAGAAAGCAUGCAAAAGAGAGGUUCAUCGUGGAAAUCAACCUUCGGCUUCCGUCCAUGCUUCACGGCAAGAAGGGCUUCGAGAGAAUCGUAUGGGCUUUCAAGAACGUCUUGAACCAAUCAGUAGCCUGGCUAUUCUUCGAUCUCACAACUAGCUCGGGUGGCGUUUCCGAAGAUGACCCCUCCCUCAAAGGAAACCAUCCCCAAAUCAUCAAUUACAAGCCUAUAAUUACCGAGCACUCCAAUAUCCUUGUCCCCCGUCUCCCUGGACUAGAAAUCACAGACGAGUCCCGCGAAGCAGCAGAACUAGAAGAUCACUGCAACGAGCUCUCCGAGUGGCUUGCAAUGGUAUCCCUCCAAUCGCCUCGCGUAUCCGUCUAUGACGAUGUCGAUCCCUAUCUAUGUCGUUACAGUGUACCCGAUUCGGAUAAUGCAAAGCCCACCAGUCUUUUGAGCUUGAAGUGGCAUGGACUUGUCCCGUCUCGUUGGAUUAUCGAAUUAUUGGUUGCGAUCUUGAAGGAAACUGCUCCCAAGUCUAUCGCCCCGUACGCUUGGUUCGCGCUUUCUGCGAGUGCGCUGGGAAGAGAAGCCGUGGAGGCACGCGAUGGGUACACGGUUAUGGUGCUUCCGACACAUGUGCCAAAGCAAGAUGUAUUUGGAGUGCAGGCAGAUAGUUCGUCUAAGGGCGAUGGUCGGCACUUUAUAUGUUGGGAGUACGUCGGUGCUUCGAUUCUUUGA